UUCUUCUAAUUUUUUUUUUACAUCUUAAAUUAAUUUUCCCAGUCCCUGUUAAGAUUUCUCAGCUAUCAAUCAUCUCCUUCGAUUGCGACUUGUUUUGUGUGUGCUUCACUAACUUCUGCGGCGGCGCCUCAAAUCAAAUCCGCUUGAAAUUUGAACUACAGCCUGAUCGAGACUCACUUGACCUUGUUUUAGUGCGAUUUUAAACUGAAAAAUAGUUUUCUUUUUUUUUUAAAAACUACCUCGCUCUAGCUCAACCUUGCGCUUCCAUUGGUUCUUUCUCAAUCUUCGUCUAUCUUCCAACUCGCACACCACUAAUCCCUGUGGACUCUUUCGAUUGUGUUCAUUCGCCAACAACCAUCAAACUUCAAUCGAUCUCUGUACCUUCUUCAACCAACGGCUUUUCAAAUCAUCUCUCCGGUCGUAUUAUUACUUUUUUUUUAUUAGACGUCACAUAUCUACUCUCCUUUGUUCUCGUUUUCUUUCGCAGUUGAUAUACUUCUUUCAACACUCAAUUAUCGAAACCAACCAACGUUGUCUUAAUCUCACUUUUUGUUUCUCAUUGAAAUCUUUGAUUUGCCUGUUGCAUCUAUCACUUCAUUCUUUUACCAGCUUCACUUCAAACUUAUCAUCCUUUGGCCUGUUCAACAAACUUUUGUCGCUGUUUUCUGCAUUUGCUCCAUCGAUUGAUUCGCUCAUCAGCCUUUCGGCCCUCAACCCUACCAGCUAUUUACAUCCAUCAUGUCAACCGAGCUUUACUACACUGUUUCCAACAACAACCAACCUGCACCCGAUUCGAUGUCUUACGCUUCGGAUCACAAUGCCUAUGGCCAUGGACUUCGUCGAGGGCAAUCUCAACAACAGUCCAGCUACGCACCUGCUGCUAUGAAUAUGUAUCAACAGCAACAACUUCAAGCUGCUCUGUAUCAACAACAGCAACUUGAGUUUGCUCAGCAACAGGCUCAACUUGAGAUGCACCUUCAACUCGAGCAAAUGCGACUUCAGAAUUUAGCUCUUCAAGAGCAAAUUAUGGUGGGCCAGGUCCGGGCUCAUCAACAAGCCCAAGCUCAGGCUCAGGCCGAACAACUUCGUGGUGGUUUUCAUGCCGCUCGAAAUGCUCCUGCCGGUGGUCGUCUCAACUUCACUCACUCUCAGGGCGGUAUCUUUGCUGAACGUGCUUUAGCUCGACGACAACAAGCCGAAGCUGAUGCGCUUUAUGCUCGAUUUCAUCCUAACGAGCAAGAAGAAGAUGACCUCUUGCAAGAUUUGCCUUCUCAUGUCCAACGAGGAUCGGCUGAUCGCGGUCAAUCCUUGACUCCCCCUGCGUUGGUCUUCUCCAAACCGGAUGAAGCCUUCCCAGUCUUGGCUUCGUCGGCUGCUGCGACCAUCACCCCAGCUAGUACCUCACCCAAAGUCACGAGCAAGUCUCACCAACACACAGACUCCGACUCCUCUGCUUCCACCGUUGGAUCUCUCUCUUCGUUCACCACUCGCUCCCUUCAAAACUCUGAGUGUGACAAUCACGAAGGUGAAUCGAAGCCAGACAAAGCUACUCCCCCCAAGAAAAAGUUUUCCGAGGUAGUCAAAGCCAGUGCGGCCAAAGUCGCUCCUGCCGCUUCGAAGUCUGCUAUUUCAGUCAACACCACUGCUCCUCCAAAACUAAACCCGUUCUCCUCUGUCUUCGUUCCCGGAUCGGCCUCAUCUACGAACAGCAGUCCCAAGCAAAGUGGUGUUGAGAAGUCUGCCCGCUCUUCACCUACUGCCACCGCCACUAAUUCGCCAGCACCUGCAAGCGCUGCCUCGACCCCGGCUGCCUCCCCUCCUGCUUUAUUAUAUCGGGCUGUACGAUCCAAGUCGCCACCUGGUAGCGCUUCCAACACGACCCGUGCACCCGCUGCUAGAUCGGUUUCCAACUCUUUACCGGCCGUAGUUCUCGGUGCGAUGCCCGUCCGACAACCCAGAGGUCCAGCAGCUGAGGCCGAACUAACUAAUCAAAAUUUCGCUACUCGCAUUCGCAAAAGGGCCAUCAAGGCUCUCGGUGCCAGACCCUCGCCUUCACCUACCCCUACCCAGUUUCAAUUCCAUCCUCAAAUCUUUGAGAACACGAUGAUUCAACCUCAACAACAAUACUUGGACAUUGGAGAAACUGGACUUCAUCAUGGAAUGAUGUCACCAGGCCUUGCACAACUUAUGGCAGCUGCUCGAGCUCGUGAGGAGAGAUUUGUGGGUUACUGAAGCCUAAGAUGGUUUUUUUUUGUCUUGUGGGCUUUUCUCAUGUGUAUAUUACGAUGAGUUUGAUUUUUUAAUGAGGUUUUUGUCUUCCCCCCCCGCCUUUUACUCUUGUGUGUGUGUGUGUUGCUCAACUCCUUUUCAAUUUUGUUUUGUGCGUGUACUUUUUUUUUUAUAUGGAGAUGAGAUGAUAUACACCUCUGUGAUCAUAAAACCCAUUGUUCUUUUGUGAGUUUGAUAUGACCGAAAGAUGAUAAAACCAGAAAAAUCUAUAUAUAUGUUGUCCUCUCG